UUCCCGGAUUUUGGAAAUGGUUUUCGUGUUUCGAAUAAAUCUUCUCUUUGCAGCUUUAGCCACGGCCGCGUUAGCGUCAGUAAUAGAGCUAGACGACAGUUUCAGUCAAAAGUGGAAGACAGGAACGUGGCUAGUGAAGUUCUACGCGCCCUGGUGUGGUUACUGCAAGCGAUUUGAGCCGACAUGGAACGACAUUGGCAAAGCAUUGGAGACCAGCACAGUGCAGGUGGCCAGACUGGAUUGUACCAAAUAUAAUGAUGUAGCCGCUGGAUUUGGGAUUCGAGGAAUGCCGACUGUCAAACUAUUCUAUAACGGGCAUGAAUACGAAUACGAGGGCAGACGUGACACAAAACCUAUUAUUGAAUUCGUUCAGAGAGCAACAGGGCCAGCAGUCAUUGCAGUCAAUAACCUUCGAGAGCUUUCACAACUGAUGAAAAUAAAAGACGUUAUCUACCUCAUGCUUCAUGAUGCUACCAGCGAUGAUGCCAUGGCUGUGUAUAAGGAAAUAGCCAGGCAGCAUCUCAUGAAUAGUUGGUUCUAUGAAUCGACUAACGAAGACAUUAGAACGCAUUUAGGUGUUCCUAACGGUUGGGGAUUUCUUGUACUGAAAGAUAGCGACUUUUAUCAUUACAAUAAAACCAAAGGUCUGGUGAAGGAUGAAAUAUCUGCUUGGGUUUCAGAGGAGAAGUUUGUUGCAUUUGCAACUAUUGAUACUGCUGUGAUUGACGAGUAUGCAAGAUCUGGAAAGUUGGUGGUGAUGGUGUCACUGGGAUCUAAUUACAUGAAUGAUGCGAAACUUGGAAAUACAUACUCUGCAGUCUUCAAGGUAGCCAAAUCAAGGAGCUACCAUCCACAAUUUUACUUUGUCUUUACGUCUGAUGAUUAUGUGAUUCAACGCAUAACAUUAGGAGGGGCAUCAAAGCCAUGCAUUGUUGUUGUCAACUUUACAUCUCUAGAGUACUACACACUCACGAAGGACUUGGCUUCAAGUUCAGCAGAGCAGUCUGAUGUCACACUGUUGCUGGAUCAGAUUAAGGAUGGCCGAGCAACUCCAUUGGGAGGAAAAUCGUGGUUCUCAUCAGCGUACAGAUUGUUGUGGGAUAUCGUUGAUAUGUUCCAGAGUAUGUGGAGGACACAACCAAUACUGUUCUUUGUAAUGAGCAGCCUAAUCGCAUUGCUUGUUGGCGUUCUCGUACUCGUCAUAUGCUGCAGUGGGGAACAAGAACCAGACCCCCAUUUGUCACCAAUACACGAAGCCCCACCCACAUCUGCUGAGAUGCCACCGGCUGAGAGUAUUCAAGAAGGCGACGAAGAUCUGUUCGUGUCUGAAAAGGUACAAGUCAAGCAAGAUGACGAUGCAACAACCAAGGACACAAAGUCAGGCAAGCAGAAAGAAGAUUAG